AUGGGGACACACAGGGAGCCAUCGGUAUCCUCAACAGGAUCCGAGCAUAGAGACAGCGAAUACAACUUCAUCCACGAUGCCUCUGUGAUCUCGGUUCAUGCUUCGCUAUCGACGCUUCUCUUCAGCGAAAAGUUCUCCGACAUGACCAUUCGCUGCGGUGGACGCGAGUUCAAGGCCCAUCGCGCCAUUAUCUGCACCCAGUCCUCAUUCUUUGAUAGGGCCUUCAGCAGCGACUUCAGAGAAGCUACUUCUCAAACCAUUGAUCUGCCAGAAGACGAUCCAGCUGUCCUGGAACGCAUUCUUGAGUUCCUCUACAAGGGAAACUAUACUGACGGUACCGGAAAUACCUGGGAGAAACCAUCUACUGCUGCCAUGAUGAGCCCCGAAGAGGUUCAAGAAAACCUAAACAACCCUGCUGGAUUCCUCUCCAACGGCAAGAAUUUGGCAUCGAAUGAAGAAGAAUAUGAUGAUCUAAAUGAUCCGACGUACGCACCUGGGGAAAUCCCGGAACCCGAGGUCGAAGAGGAAUACGAAGAGUUCGACGAAGAGAGCAUAGAUGAAUCUGAGGAUGAGGGUGAAGAAAAGGGCGAGGGUCAAAAUGACACAGUCCCCCCAGACGACCUGGUCUCAAAGCUGUCGAACUUGGAACCAAAAGAAGCCCUUCAAGCAUUGGCCAAAGAACGCGACGAUUUAUUCUUGCCUCUUCGCUUAUACGUCAUGGCAGACAAAUAUGACGUGCCAGCCCUACGACUCCUGGCCAGAGAUCGAUUUUAUCGGGCAGCCGAACUUGUCUGGGAAGAAGCCGAGUGUUUUCCAGAAGUUGUCGACGAGCUCUAUCGCUGCACCCCAGAAACCGAUACAGCCAUGCGGGACAUUGUUUGUCGCCUUGUCGGCAGCAGAAUCAAGAACGAUGAAAUCAGAACGAAGAUGCGCCCUGUCAUGGCGGAGCAUGGGGACUUUGCUGUAGGUGUCCUGGAAUACAUGAUGUAUCUCUCCAAGGAGAUGUGGUGA